CGGUAUACUGUUGAUGUAGAUGCAUUGUCCAAAAAUAUUGUGAUGGUGUAAGACGGUUAUUUCUCCUGUUAUUUUUUAUCAAAACUGACUAAAAGUUUACAAACCAUUUUGAAAAUCGUGUAUCUGCAAGUGUUACAAGCUCAAGAUGGGUGUACCCAAGUUUUUCCGGUACAUUUCCGAGCGAUAUCCGUGUCUCACGGAACUUAUCAAGGAAUAUCAGAUACCGGAAUUCGACAAUCUUUAUCUGGACAUGAACGGGAUCAUCCACAUGUGCUCGCAUCCGGACGACAAUGAUCCACACUUUCGGAUAACAGAGGAGAAGAUUUUUGCAGACAUUUUUCAUUAUAUUGAAGUGUUAUUUCAUAUGAUCAAGCCACAAAAGCUAUUUUUCAUGGCUGUUGAUGGUGUUGCGCCUAGGGCCAAGAUGAACCAACAGAGAGGGCGUCGUUUUCGUACAGCCAAGGAGGCUGAAAAGAUGGAGCAGAAAGCUCAAGAGAAAGGCGAAGCAAUGCCUGAACAGGCAAGGUUUGACUCAAAUUGCAUCACGCCUGGCACUCUAUUCAUGGCCAAACUGCAGGAGCAAUUGAAGUAUUUUAUUGUAAAUAAAAUUAGCACUGAUCCAUUGUGGCAGAAGUGCAAAAUUAUUUUAUCUGGUCAUGAGACACCUGGUGAGGGUGAACAUAAAGUAAUGGAUUACAUUCGUUACCUACGGGCGCAACCAGGACACGACCCAAAUACACGACAUUGUCUGUAUGGUUUGGACGCCGAUUUAAUAAUGCUGGGGCUGUGCACGCACGAACCUCACUUCUCCCUGCUGCGAGAGGAGGUAAAGUUUGGCAAGAAGAACAAUCAGAAACGUAAAAAUGUCCCCGAACAAAUUACGUUCUACUUGCUACAUCUGUCACUAAUGCGCGAGUACUUAGAGCAAGAGUUUAUUGCAGUCAAAGACAAUCUGUCCUUUGGUUACGACAUUGAGAGUAUUAUUGAUGAUUGGGUAUUGAUGGGAUUUCUGGUCGGAAAUGAUUUUAUUCCGCAUUUACCCAACCUGCAUAUUGCGAACGGUGCGUUACCGUUGUUGUACAACGCAUACAUGAAAGUUCUGCCGACAUUUGGCGGGUAUAUCAACGAGAAUGGUAAAUUAAACUUGGAACGCUUCGAGAAGUUUAUGGCUACAUUGUGCAGUAUUGACAUGGAGCAGUUUAGCGAACAGUAUGCUGAUUUGAAGUAUUUUGAGAGUAAAACAGGACGACGACCCAACGAAAAGGAACGGACUAGUUAUAAACCAAGAAAAUUAGAAGAGUGGCAAGGUGAGGACGCGGAUGAAGGAUUGUUUGGUGCUUUGGAAGGUGAAGAAGUUAAACCAAUGAACUCGGAUUUAGCUGCGCUAAUCAAGGCAACAGAUACGUUUGUAGGAACUUCCGAUGAGAAUUUGGCCGAGGAGACGGAAGAAAACAAUUCGGAGGUUGUCGAAAGCGAAUCGGAGAGUUUAAGCGAAGACGAUCUACUGGACGCUGAAUUUAAACUGCACAAGAAAGACUAUUACAUGAACAAACUUCAAUACGAACAAGUUACACCUGAGGUUAUGCGCGCACAAGCCGAAGGCUACGUCCGGGCAAUCCAAUGGAACCUCAAUUACUACUACAGUGGUGUGUGUUCAUGGUCUUGGUACUAUGAACACCACUACGCGCCAUUUAUCUCCGACAUCAAGGACUUUAAAGACUUCAAAAUUGAGUUUGAUCUUGGUAAACCUUUUCAUCCUUACGAACAGCUUCUCGGAGUGCUUCCUACUGCGUCUAAGAAGUUAUUACCCGAGUGUUACCAUCCUCUAAUGGAAGAUUCGAAUUCGCAAAUCUUUGAUUAUUACCCAACGAAUUUCAACACGGAUUUGAACGGUAAGAAACAAGACUGGGAAGCGGUCGUGCUCAUUCCUUUUAUCGACGAGAAACGAUUACUCGCUGCGAUGGCGACUUGUAAUGAUAAGUUGACACCGGAGGAGGUGAAACGAAACACGCACGGACCAAUGUUGGUAUAUGAGUAUACCACUGAUGAUUUAGCCGAGUAUGAAGCGCCGGAAUAUUUUCCACCGGUGACAAACAAUCAUGCGUUAUGCACAAAGAUUACGAAUGAAGAAAUACGCGUUCCGGAAGAGAAAUUGGUUAAGAGCGCUUAUCCCGGGGCGUUGUUUGAUGUAUAUUAUCCGGGAUUUCCAACUACGAAACACUUAGAGUACAAGAGCUAUUUAGAAAAAGGUGGUGUAAAAGUUUUUGAUCAACCAAGCAGGGGCGAAACUCUUUAUCUGGAGAUUUUACCGAAACCUUUACCCGCACCGGAGGCCAUCGCCGAGGAAUUACUCGGCAAUGUUGUGUUUGUGUCAUGGCCUCAUUUAGUGGAAGCAAUGGUUGUGUCUGUUUCAACUAGUGAAUAUCGGUAUCACUACGCUAAUAUACCUGGCGAGUACAAAGUUGAAUCGAACAAAGGAAACGUGGGUCAUAAUUGGAAAAUAGAAAAGGAUGGCAUAAUAGAAUAUUAUCGCGAUAAAAGAGGUGUAAUUGUUGGUGAGACAGACAUCCUCGUGCAUUGCAGACUGAUGACCGGACGCAAAUAUGUUUUCACGUCGCAAGGUCGCAUCAAUCUGGAAAAGCAAUGGUCUGACACUACCAAUGCGUAUCCUUAUCAAGUGAUUGUCAAAAACAUAACGCAGCACAAUCCAGAGUACAAACCCUAUCAGAAUAUCGAAGAUGUUUUCACUGCGAAUUCGACUUGUUUCAUGCUUGGGCUGCCUCAUUAUGGCUACCAAGGCACUGUCCAAGAUAGUAGCGAAUCCUUGAAGAAAGGUCGCGUAAAACUCACAUUCACUGUGGCCGACGAACCGGAUUUAAGGCAUCUCUACAGAAUGGAGCAAAAACUAUCGACUUCUUACAUGCCCGUGCAUAUUGCGGCGUCUUUAGCGAAUGUAUCCAAACGUUUAUUUUCGCGUAUCACCGGCACGAUACUUAUUUUCACGGGUGGUGUACGUUCGAUGGGGCUGCAUGAUGACGCGCCGAAACACAAUGUCGGCUUGAAUUUGAAAUUCAACAAACGCAACGAAGAGAUUCCUGGGUAUACGAAGAAAGACGGUGCUUGGCUGUACUCGCAGAAAGCCAUCGAUUUGCUGAACAGUUAUCAGGAGAAAUAUCCGAAGUUGUUUCACUUUUUAGAAACAAGUAAAAACUGUGAUGUGUAUUAUGAGUACGAGAUUUUCCCAGAAGACAAUGGGAGCGGUGAAACUGUAAAAGAAAUUGUCAAUUGGUUGAGAAGUCAAGAAUACUACUCCAUAGAAAAACAACAGUGUGGUAGUAACACCUUGGAACCAGAUAUAGUGAAACAAUUGGAGAAUAUCAUCGAUGAACACGAAAAGAAGUCCGAAGCGCCGAAAACGGUCGUCAUGCAAGUGAAACCUUUUCUACUCUACAAGCCGGGACUGUUAAUGGGCAACCUUUCGCCCGACCCGAAGGCGACAUUCCGACUGUACGAUCGCGUCGUUUGCGUCCGCGAGAGCUACACCGUACCGUUGGGCCACGUGGGGACGAUUAUAGCGAUACAUAAGUCUGUGACGGGCAAACCAGAGGAUUUCCUGUACGACGUGUUGUUUGAUAAGCCUUUCCCCGGUGGAUUAUCAUUGAAUUGCUCGGCGUUGCGCGGGUACAAAAUGUCGCGGUUGUCGUUGAUUAAUCGGACGCACGGAGUGAGGGAGAUGGAGAUGAAGACUGGCAAGCCCGGUCAAUUGUAUCAGAAAAUCGGAUACAAUCCGUCGCCGUUUGGUGGUUCGAUGCAAAAGUUUACGAAUCCGAAUCAGAAUUCGGCGUUCGCCGCUUGGAAUAAUCGAUCGCCGCAACACGAGAAAAGUUUCCAGAAUUAUGCGGGAAAUAAUGCGUCGCAGGGACCUUCUCAGCAGGAGAUGAAUAAUAGUAAUGGUAGGAAUGUGGGUGUUCGAAAAAAUGCGAAGAAAGCGAAAGUUUCAAGUCAACAGAUUGAUUUUAUGCCAUUCAAAAAGAGUACAACUACGAAUGGCCAACACGAACAACAAGAAAAGAAUGUCGAUACUCCGCCCAAACAGCCGAAACAACAAGAACAAGUGAAAAUUAAAAAAUCACCUGAGAAACAGGAUUCUGUCCAGCCAAAUUUGGGAGUUUCUUUGACUGCUAAUGAUUUAUUCGCUCAUGUGUCCGCUCAAAUGCAAAAGAUGAACAUAACAGCGCCGCAAACGGCUGCAAUGGACUUCCCUGUCUCCUCUCAACCAACACCAUUUGCCCCACCCAUUCCACAAAGCUUACCGUUUCCUGCAGCGCCGGCUCAAGGACCACCUGUAAAAGGCUUUGGCAUCAAGUUGUUAACUGAAUGCCAACGCCGCGGAUUGCGUUGCCCUCUUUAUCAGUACUUCCAUGAUAAAACCACGCAGCAGUAUCAAGUUCAACUGAAGCUGUCCUUCCUAAAUGAGCCCAUUUUUGGCCAACCUGCUCUCACGAAAUUAGAAGCGACUGAGAACGUGGCGGAGAUUGGCUUGCAAAAACUGGCCGCACAUAACCAACCAAUUGCAUUCCCAGCGCCACCUAUGCAAUGGUGCAUGCCGCGUCCUUCUCAACAACAACAAUCACCACCCAAACAUCAACCACCACCACCGCCUCAGGGUGCGUUUGGUCACCCUAGAAUGCCGCAACCGCAAGUUCCGCAACAAUACGUAACCCAACAACAGUUUCAACAAUUGCAACAACAGUUACAACAACCACAGCAACAGAAUGUUCAACAACAGCCUGGGCCAAGGCACGCCGCUCAACCAAGGCAUAAACAACCCGCACAACCGGCGCCUAGAAUACCUGGUUUGUCAGCGACACGCCCAUCGGUACCUUUUGUACCGCUGCAGGCCGUCAAGCAGCAGCGGAUCCAUCGUAAUAGCAACAGUUCGCAACAAUCAGCGAAAAAGAACUCACAUGGUCGUAAGAGCGAUGAGAAUCGUUCUGGGGCACAACAAGGACAAGUCGCUGGACAGGAGAAGUCACCGAGAAACUCAAAACAUGAAAGCGACGCACGAGAUUCAAAGGAAAAGGAAGGAAAUGCGGGUAAACCGCGACGCGAACGUAAAAUCCGCAUUGCGGCCAACUUUUCAGUGCCACCCUAAGCAUGCUUUUGAUCUCUUACGCAUCUAUUGAUGCCUAUGAUUAAUUAUGGAUGACAUUGAACCUGUUUAGGUUAUGAUUUUAGUUCAUCUUAUUUUGUUCAAUAAAGAUUUCUGUUUUAA